GCCCCCUGCUGGAAGAGGCCCGCCCUCUCUACCUUCCCCUGGGCGCACCGCCAACUGAGGGGCGGUAGAUGUGGCCAGAAAUGGCUACCUCCCCGCCCGCGGGGAAGGGAAGAUGUCCACGUCCACCACUCGCCGUGGUUCCAGGCGAGCUCCGAAGCGGUGGAGGUGGAUUCCAUGCUCGGCCGGUGGGCUCGCCCACGACCACCACAGGCCUUCGGCGCCAGAAGGUCGCCGUCUGACCGACUGAAGCGCUCGUAGCCCAGGAUGGUGAACGUUUUCUUAUUCGGCGUUUCAAUAUUGGGGCCCGCACCGAUCGGCAGAACAAGGAAUAGGAAAACGAUCACAUGGCGGACCUCCACGCAGCGCCUUGUGCAGCGGCGUGGUCCGGGGGAGCUCGUGUGGCUCCCUCCGGCGCGUCGGCGCGUGGCUCCCUCGGGCGGGGAGCAGGCCCGGACAAGAGCGGAACCGAAGAAGAUGUGAGGUGCUCGCUCGGUCCCCGCCAGACCGAGGAUGGAGCUCCCUGUGCGGCCGCGCUCCUCGUCGGGGGUGCGCCGAAGUGGACGGGCGCGGCGUGGGCGCGCCCACGCUGGAGCUGCAGGGUGCAGCUCCCCAUCAUACAGGCAGGGCAGAAGUCGGUGCUCGAUCUGUCUGAUCGGCUUGUGAUCACAAGUGUGCGCUGUCUUGAAACUUGUGUUUGCCAGCUGUUUGGCGGCGAUGGUUGCCAUCGAGCAGACCCCUCCCUCUAAACGGUACGUCUCCGCGUGGGCCCGUGCAUGCAAAAAGCUGGAGUUCGCCAGCCCAGCGCGCCAGAGGCGUGCUGAGAUCCCCGUGAACAGGUGAAUUGUGUAUCUAUCUAGCGGCGACAAAGGUCGACCCGGGCUGCGGGCGAAGCCCAAUUACCCAGCGAGCGCACUCACGGCUGCCGAGGCUGCCGCCGAGGGAGGCUGAGGAACGCCCGGGGCUGAAGGCUGGCUGCAGAAGCUGCCAGGAGAGCCAGGCGGCCAGCGUGCAGGCAUCCCAGAGGCGAGACCAGCCCCGACAUCAUAAUUACGCAACGCAUCAGGAAAACAGCCCCCGCUCCCGCAGCUCCCCGCACUGCAAACAACCACUCGGCCAGCCGACAGCGAUGCGCAAAAUAGGCCGGCGGAAUGAGCGAAGUGGGACGAACGAGGGGCAGCCACGAAGGCGCCUGCGAAAACAUGCUUGCCCUUCGCGAUGGUUG